AUGGCUGGGCAGAAUUCCAGAGCUUCACACAUGAAGAGAACCACAAAGCCUCGCUGUGUUAAGAAGGUAAACCAGUCUGUUCCUGCUGAUGCGAAAGGAAGCCAACCAUCUGUAACUAACUACUUAGACAAUCUGUGUAUUUUCUGUGGAGAGAGAGAUGAGUCGUUUACUGAGGAUGGACUCGACCUGCACUACUGGAAACACUGCCCGAUGCUGCAGCGCUGCCUUCAGUGCAGACAGGUGGUGGAGAUUGCGAGCCUGACAGAGCACUUGCUGACUGAGUGUGAGCGGAGGGCAGAUUUCACCCAGUGUCCUCUCUGCUCCGAAGCUCUCACCCGAGAUAAGCUAACUGAACAUGCUCAGAGCGCUGCUUGCAAUCCACCAACUUCUGGAGGUAAUUGUAAUCACUGUCCUCUCUGCCAUGAGAAUUUCGCCUCAGGGGAGGAGUUCUCUGUUGCACGUCAUACAGAUGAGCUCAUGACUGUGACUGACGCUGGAAAGGUGUUCACUCAAGAACACUUUACCUCUCAGCUCUGA